AGCAGAUGACCGGUGAUGAUGACUCGCAAGAUCCCCCUGAAGAAGAAUCAUUUUCUGUUUUAGUUGCAACAGAUACCCACUUGGGAUACGCUGAGAAGGAUGCUAUCAGGGGUGAGGACAGCUUCAGGGCCUUUGAAGAGGUACUCCAGCAUGCUGUAGACCAGCAAGUAGAUAUGAUCCUGCUGGGAGGGGACCUGUUUCACGACAACAAGCCAAGUCGCACCACAGUUCACAAGGCAACUACCUUACUCCGCAAAUACUGCUUUGGAGACAAGCCCAUCCAGAUCGAGUUUCUCAGCGACCAAAAAGCAAACUUUCACACUUCCCACUUCCCACGUGUUAAUUACGAGGAUCCCAACUUGAAUGUGGGGAUUCCUGUGUUCAGUAUCCACGGUAACCAUGACGAUCCUGCUGGACCUCAGGGAUUGUGUGCUCUUGACUUGUUGAGCGCUAGUGGGGUUAUCAACUAUUUUGGAAAAGCUACAUCAGUGGACGAGAUAGUGAUAAACCCGCUACUUAUGAGAAAGGGUCCUACCAAACUUGCUAUCUACGGUCUUGGAAGUGUGAGGGAUGAGAGGUUACACAGAAUGUUUUUAAACAACAAAGUACGAGUAACAAGACCCGAGCAGGACCGGGACGACUGGUUCAAUAUCUUUGUUAUUCAUCAGAACCACGUGAAGCGAGGCUCCCAAGCCACCUCGUAUAUCCCAGAAGACUUCCUCCCUGAUUUCAUGGACCUGGUAAUCUGGGGUCACGAGCACGACUGUAAACCUGAGCUGGAACACAAUGAGACUAUCAACGCUUACGUUCUUCAGCCAGGGUCCAGUGUAGCUACGUCACUCUCUGAAGGGGAGACUCUGCCCAAACACUGCUUCAAACUCAAGAUAUGGAAGAAGAACUUCUGUCUCAACAAGAUUCCUCUGACUACUGUUCGACCUUUCAUCUUCAAAUCCGUUUCUCUCAUUGAUAACGAUAUAACGGCCGACGAAAAGAUCCACGAUUUCCUACAAUACCAUGUUAACGAGAUGAUUGAACGUGCGAACGAGCUCCGUGGAGAUAACAGCAACGCUCCCGAACUACCCCUCAUCAGACUGAGAUAUGAGUACAGCGGCGGCACCAUACCCAUAAACGGUGCUAAGUUUGGUGUGGACUAUCUGACCCAGCUCGCUAAUCCUAGAGAUAUACUGUUAUCUGUUAAGAAGAAGGAGUACUCAAGUACCGAUAAUAAGGCCUCUGCUAGAACAGGCACAUUAAAAGAGGAAGGUGAUGAAGAUGAAAACAAGGGCAGCACUAGCCGAGGUGAUUUAGCUCUCGAGAUAAUGAAAGCGGAUAACAAAGAAUUUAAGAUACUAUUUGAAAGCUGUUUGGGUAUGGCAUCGGAUGAUUUCGUGGAUAAGUUGGAGAAUGAUAGUGUUAAUGAAUACAUCGAUUUUGCUAUGGAACGGUGUGAAGAUUAUCUGAAACAAAAAGCAAAAUUCGGAGAUGACCUGACAGAAAAAGUGCGAGUAAGGAAAGCAGUGAUGACAAAGGACGAUGUUGCUGAUGAUUGUGAGGAGGCUAGAAGGAGGACGGAGAAUAGGAGGCUUGAGAAGCAAGCUAGAGGAGAGAGUGACGAAAGAGACGUUGACCGUGAUUCAGACCCAGAUGCUUUAGAUCUCGAUGACGAGAAACCUGCUCGAGGUCGGGGUCGGGGUCGUGGUCGGAGUCGUGCACGUGCUAACUCAACACGUGGUACAGCACGUGGUAAAGGCUCACGCGGUGGUGGUAAAGGCUCCCGUGGUGGCAAGGGCGGCGUUAAGACUCCGAAGGGAAAUUUGGACUCCUUUUUUUCUGGGACCAUGGCAACGUCUAGCAAUGCAAGCCCAUCAAGGGUAUCAAGUAGAUCUACCAAGAACACUAAAUUAUUAGAAAUUUCUGAUUCUGACUAAUAAGCUUAAUGAGGUGAAUAAUUCAUGACUAAUUCAUUUCAUGUUAUAAUAUUUCAUCUUAAACGGGUCUCUUAAUGAAACUUUAAUUUUUUAAUGAAACUUUUAAUCCAGACCAAAAUUAAUUCAAUUUCUGUUGUAAUUGUCGUGCUCAGUCGUAAUUCUCUGAUCAUUUUUCAACCUGUAGUUCGGAUUUCUAUGUCAACACUUUAAUUUUUUAGACAAUUCAUUUUAAUUCUACCAUUUAUAUUGUUCUAUUUAUUUAUUUACGAACACCCUA